UCAACCAGGCUGACCCCCACUCCCCACCCGCCGCCCACCACCUGCCGUCUGCCGCCUUUGACGACAAGUGGUCUGCCUUGCCAGCCAAUCGAAGCGGACCAGAGCCGUUGCGUCAUCAUCAUCACCAGCAGCAACAACAAGAAUCCCAGUCGCAUUCAGACGUCGUCGUCGUUGUCGCUGUCGUUGUCUACUUCAAAGAUACUUCACAAAUUGGUGCUGUUUGGCCCGCUUUGUUGACGCUGAACGACGAGAUCGAAAUCGAAAUCGUUGGCCUGGCCUGGCCUGGCCUGGCUAUCUAGCUAGUCAUCUGUCCGCUGUCCGUGUCCGACAAGCGUCGACUGCGUGCCUUGUUGCAGUAUAAAAGUAACUGAGUGCACGCAAUGAAUUUACAGUUGCAGUUCUCAGUUAAAAGCUUAAACAUGAAACUUCUGAUUCUAAUCACUUUGUUGGCCGCUGCAAGCGCUGCACCCGGCUUGCUGGACUACGGUUUGGGACAUACGGCCCCAGCCAUUAGCUACGGACACGCGGAGCCCGCCAUUACUUAUGCACAUGCUGCGCCCGCCAUCAGCUACGCACAUGCAGCGCCCGCUGUGACCUAUGCCGCAGCUGCUCCAGUCAUUAAGUCUUAUGCGCCGGCCAUCAGCUAUGCAGCUCCGACGGUGGUCAAGUCCUAUGCACCCGCCAUCAGCUACGCUGCGCCUGCUCCGGUGAUCAAGUCGUAUGCGCCAGCCAUCAGUUACUCGGCUCCGACGGUGGUCAAGUCAUAUGCAGCACCAUCAUAUGCCGUCGCAGCUCCAGUGGUCAAAGCCGUCGCCGCUCCGGCCACCAGUUACUCGCACUUCAGUUCGGUUGUUUCCCACGCCACGCCCAUCAUCAAGUCAUACGCAGCUGCGCCCAUAGUUAAAUCCUAUGCCGCACCAGCUAUCAGCUACGCCGCGCCAACUGUUGUUAAGUCCUAUGCCGCCCCAGCGAUCAGCUAUCAGCCAACUCUUCUGAAAUCCUAUGCCGCUGCGCCAGCUCUGUCAUACGGCGGUUACGAUGAUCAUGGCUAUGGCUAUCACUAAGAGGCACUGCAUCCGGCACGAGACAUGAGCAGGGAUGGCCGGAGUGAGGCAUAGGAGUAAGCGGAAUAAAUAGAUUCA